GCGGCGCCGGGGAUCCCGAGCGGAGCUGGUUGCGCCCUCCGAGUCCCUCCCGGUGGCGGCGGGGGGGUCCGCAGCGGGGUCGGUGUCGGUGCACGGAGCGGGGCCGGCGACAGCGAGCGUCUCCCGCCAGCCGCGGCCAUGGACAUGAAGAAAAGGAUCCACUUAGAGCUGCGGAACAGGACGCCCUCAGAUGUUAAGGAACUCGUUCUUGACAACUGUAGGUCAUAUGAAGGCAAAAUUGAAGGCCUUACAGAUGAGUUUGAAGAGCUGGAAUUCUUAAGUACAAUCAAUGUAGGCCUAGCCUCAGUUGCAAACUUACCAAAGUUAAACAAACUUAAGAAGCUCGAACUAAGCGACAACAGAAUCUCAGGAGGACUGGAAGUGUUGGCAGAAAAGUGUCCAAACCUCACGCAUCUAAAUCUAAGUGGCAACAAAAUAAAAGAUCUCGGUACAAUAGAACCUCUGAAAAAGUUAGAAAACCUGAAGAGUUUAGAUCUUUUCAAUUGCGAGGUAACCAACUUGAACGAUUAUAGAGAAAACGUAUUCAAGCUCCUCCCGCAGCUCACAUACCUCGAUGGCUACGAUCGGGAUGACAAAGAAGCACCCGACUCUGAUGCAGAGGGCUAUGUGGAAGGCUUAGAUGACGAGGAGGAGGAUGAAGAUGAAGAGGAAUACGAUGAAGAUGCUCAGGUAGUAGAAGAUGAAGAAGAUGAGGAGGAAGAGGAGGAAGGAGAAGAGGAGGAUGUGAGUGGAGAAGAGGAGGAGGAUGAAGAAGGCUACAACGAUGGCGAGGUAGAUGACGACGAAGAUGAAGAAGAAAUUGAUGAGGAAAGGGGACAGAAGAGAAAACGAGAACCUGAAGACGAAGGGGAUGAAGAUGACUAAACUGAAUAACCUAUUUUGAAAAUUUCCUAUUGUGAUUUGACUGUUUUUACCCUGUAUCCCCCCUCCCCACACCCCCAACUUUUUUUUUUUUUUUUUUCUUUUUUUUCCUCCUGAUUGUAAUGUUGCUGUGGGAACGAGAGGGAGAAGCAGACUGGGUGGGCAAGGGAAUAAAAUACUAUUUUUACUGCCACUCCUCCUCCUAUUCAUUUUAAAUUUUUUCUUUUUUUUUUUUUUUUGUCCCUCUCUUAGUCCUUGUAACUGCAAUAGUAAGUAUAAACCAAGUGGUAAUUUGUUUCUUAUUAUUGGAGUGGAUAGUUUGACAUUCUGAAAAAAAUAAAAAGUGUCAGAUGAGCGGAUGAUCCCCAGAAUACACACACUGUGUUCGGAGCCAGCYGAAUAUCCGCUCGCUGGGAUCGUCCCCGGCUGCCAGCCACUAACCACAGCGUCACAUUUGCAGG